AUGUUCGUGGAAGAAGCCUCCAGUUUGCAGAGUAAUGGCAUUACUCAUCGUGGUCUUGUACUUGGGUCUCAAAUCUUAAACUUCAAUCUUGAUGCUGUAGACCGCUCAUUUAUCUGCGGGAUCGUGGGUAAUUCCGGCUACUACUCGUGUCCGAAGUGUGUCACAGAAGGUUUUUAUUAUGUUACACCGGGAAAACAUAAAGGCAGAGUAACGUAUCCUGAUAUAGAAGCAGCACUACGAACUCAUCAGACAUUUGUAGACCGCGAACAACCAGACCAUCACGUUAGAUUGUCCGUAUUGGAAGACCUUUCCAUUGAUAUGGUUCUUGAUUUCCCAAUUGACUACCAACACCUAGUCUGUCUGGGAGUAAUGCGGAAGCUUCUCAAAACCUGGGUGAAACGAUCGACAUCUGUCCAUCUAAUCAGCAAAGAAAAUGUGGAAGAAAUUUCGCGCAGGUUAAUAGCGAUACGCAAAUCAGUCCCAAGCGAAUUCGUUAGGCAACCGCGCUCUCUUGUCGACCUUCCAAGGUGGAAAGCCACCGAGUUUAGACAGUUCUUACUUUACUGGGGCCCUGUUGUUUUGAAAGAUCUCCUUCCCGCUCCAUUAUAUAACCAUUUUCUUUGCCUCCAUCUAGCAAUGAAAAUUUUGGUAUCCGUAAAAUUAUGUUUUCAUUACAACAAUUACAGUAAGCAAUUGCUUCGCAACUUUGUAUCUGAAAGCCGUAAAUUGUAUGGUCCUGAAUUUGUUGUUUAUAAUGUUCAUGGACUCAUCCACCUUCCUGAUGAUGUACUCCGUUUCGGCCCUGUCGAUAACUUCAGCUGUUUUCCGUUCGAAAACUUUCUACAGCAGAUUAAGAAAAAAAUUCGUCGCAGUCAAAACCCUUUGGCACAGGUAGUUAAAAGGCUGGCAGAAGCGGCAAGUUGUAAAAAGCUAUCCACCCCUGUCAACGUCCCUUCAUUACUGUUGUCUAAUCCCCAUUGUCGUGGCCCUUUACCUGAUGGUAACGAUGUUCUUUUCGAAGCAAAGCAGUAUAGAACUGCUGUACUUGAUCCCUGGCGAUUAACUACUAGAGCCCCUAACAACUGUGUCUUCAUCAACGAUGGAACAAUUGUAUGUAUUCAAAAUGUUAUGCAGGUUGGUGAUGAUGUAGAAAUUGUUGGUUUCCGUUUUCUCGAGCCCGAACCGCUUUUGGAAUCUCCUUUUGAUGCAAAUGGUGUCCUUCAAACGUACCGUGUGAAUACUAAUUUAAUCAGUCCCCUAAUAAGCUACCCAAUUGAAAAUGUAAAAUGCAAAGCAUAUGCGAUUCCUAUGUCCUGGCAAUUAUAUGAUUUUGACGAGGAGGCGGAAGAAACCAGCCAUUUUGCUAUUUUUCCUUUACUGAUGGAAGACAAGUACCGAUAGAAGUUAAAUAAACAAAUUUUCAUUGAAAA